ACACUGAAGAGAGAGAGAGAGUAAGAGAGAGAGGACGCUCUGAACCGCGGUCCUGAAUCCGGACAUUAUUUCACUAAUUUGUCGGCGUGUCUGUAGUGCGUGUGAUCACAAGCGUGUUGUUUAGGAGUUGAUGUGAGACUGUAAUGUCUUCAUGAACAAACUCUACUACAACACACAACUUCUCUAAUGACCGCUUUAGUGCCAUCGUAAUGGCAACAAAGGCACAGGUUUUAUACGACUUUGCAGCAGAGCCGGGCAACAACGAGCUGUCGGUGAGAGAGGGUGAGACCAUCACAAUCACCAACCAGAACAUAGGUGGAGGAUGGAUCGAAGCACGGAACAGCAGAGGCGAGGUCGGCCUGGUGCCUGAGGACUAUGUGGAGGUCAGUAAGCCUCAGGAGUUCACGGCAGGAGGAAGUGUGCCGCCCCUCGACCUGUCCAUAUUUGAUAGUCAUGCAGGAACAAGUAACACACAAGGCCAGGUGGAUGUAGGUCAGCCGGAAACCCCACUCACCCCCAUGACCCCCAUCACCCCCGUGUUCCCAGCUCUGUCCUCCCCUGAUGAGACGAGUAACGGCAGUGACCCAUGGGCCGUGUUUGACACUAACACCUCUGGGGGAUUCUCCAAUAACUGGGCUGCACAGCCCGAAGGCACAGAGACUGGGCAGAGCGGCAGCAGCGCAUGGGCGUCCGGAGGACUAGGCCACCCUCAUGCCUACCCGGGCCCAGGUGCCGAGGAUGACGAGUGGGACGAAGACUGGGACGACAGGAAGUCCUCGGGUGGGUUCGGUGAAAACGAAGCGAGUGACGGCAGCGCCAUGACCAGAGGAGGAGCUCAUGGAUCGUCCAUGAAAAUCACCCUCAACAAAUUCCCGGGAUUCUCCAAAUCGGGCCCUGAGCUGUACCUCCUGUCCAAACAGGUGUCCAAAGGACCCAAGCUGUCUGUCUAUAGCGGUGAGGUCGGUCCAGUGUGGGAGUACACUGAGCCUCAGCUGGACUGCGUUGUAGCAGACCCCAAAAAAGGCUCCAAAAUGUACGGCCUAAAGAGCUACAUCGAGUACCAGGUCACCCCUAACACCACCAACAAACCUGUAAAUCAUCGAUACAAGCACUUUGAUUGGCUGUACGAGAGACUUUUGGAAAAGUUUGGGUCAGCAAUCCCCAUCCCAUCCCUGCCUGACAAACAGGUCACAGGACGUUUUGAGGAGGAGUUCAUUAAGAUGCGUAUGGAGAGGCUUCAGGCCUGGAUGUCCAGAAUGUGCCGGCAUCCCGUGGUCUCCAACAGCGAGGUCUUCCAGCUCUUCCUCACCUACAAGGACGAGAAGGACUGGAAAACGGGGAAGAGAAAAGCAGAGAAGGACGAGACGGUUGGGGUGAUGAUCUUCUCCACCAUAGAGCCGGAGGGACUGCAGGACCUGGAGCUGCUCGAAGUCGAACAGAAGUGUGAGCAGUUCAGUCGAUUCACCAAGGCGAUGGACGACGGAGUGAAGGACCUGCUGACUGUCGGACAAGAACACUGGAAGCGCUGUACAGGCCCUCUGCCAAAAGAGUACCAGAGGAUCGGUAAAGCCUUCCAGAACCUGUCCUCUGUCUUCAACAGCAGUGGAUAUGAAGGAGAAGCCACACUCACUGACGCUCUCACAGCAGCGGGGAAGACCUACGAGGAGAUCGCUCAGAUGGUGGCUGAGCAGCCUAAAAAAGAUCUUCACUUCCUCAUGGAGACCAACAACGAGUACAAAGGGCUGCUGGGAUGCUUUCCCGACACCAUCGGAGUCCACAAGGCCGCCAUAGAGAAAGUAAAAGAAGCAGACAAACUGGUGGCCACCAGUAAAAUCACCACUGGAGAAAAAGUCACUAUGGGAAAAAGAGCCAGCGUGAUGUCUUAUGCAUUACAAGCGGAGAUGAACCAUUUCCAUAGCAACCGUAUCUACGACUACAACAGAGUGAUGCAGCAGUACCUGGAACAGCAAGCGAAAUUUUACGAGACGAUUGCUGAGAAGCUGAGACAGGCUCACAGUCAGUUCACUACCAUGUAAAGAAGAGGACUGAACUGAAUCUCACCCAGGGGGCGCUCACUCUCUCUAUCAUUCUGUCUCUCUCUGUCACUCUGCCUCUGUCAUUCUCUCUCUUUGUGUCUCUCUCGCUAUCAUUCUCUCUCUGUGUCACACUCUCUCUCUCAUUCUCUAUCAUUCUCUCUGUGUCACUCUGUCUAUCACUCUCUCUCUUUGUCACUGUUUCUCUAUCAUUCUCUGUAUCAUUCUCUUUCAUUCUGUCUCUCUCUGUUACUCUGUCUAUCUCUCUCUAUCAUUCUCUCUCUCUAUUAUUCUCUCUCUUGCUCUCUCUCCAUUUUCUCUGUUCCUCUUUAACAUCUUUGUUAAACUUGUCUUUGACCUCAGUGCCAUAAAAAGAUUAUGUUGAUCUCAGACCAAAGGAGGUUUGGUAAAAUAUCACAUCCUCAUUUAACAUGAAAAAAACAUCUGUAUGUAAUGUUCAGUUUUUACCACACACACACACACACACACACACACACACACACACACUCACUCUCCAUCACUUGGUGUAGUGUUAAUUCUGUCCAGAGAUUUGUGUUUUCUGCUAGCAGGAGAAUCAGAUUUUUUUUUUUUUUUAUUAUUAUUUUUGUUUUUUAACUAGAUUUUAAAACUCAAUACAUAAUUUCACAGCAUAAAUUUGCAUGACGUACAAAUUUGAAUUUCAUUUUCUAUUUACUUUUGUAAAAUGUUGUCCCAGCCGAUCAGCAGUCAGGACAUGAUCGUGUGAUGAAAUCUGGAGGACUGGAAAAGCAGAGGAUGUGACCGUGAGGUCCAACCUUGUGUUAUUUAUACAUUGAGCAUUCAUAGAACCUUCAUAAGUGUCAGAAGUAUAAGUGUAAUUCUGCAGUGUAACCUAAAGCUAUGAAAGAUCUAUAGAGGUGACAUUACAACAUCAGGAUAAAGAAGAAAAGACAUCAGUAUCCCGUUCAGGAGCGUCACUGUGAGAUUUAUAGCCUUUUAUUUCCCCUCAAACAGCACGUUCAUGAAGCUCGGGCUUCUUAAUUAAGCGACAUAGAUGGUGAAUUUGUGCUGCCUUGGAAGUGGGAAAUUAUGUUAUUUCUAGCUACAAAGAGGUAAAGCUUCCGUUAGAAGUGUGAUGAGUGACGUAUAUGUACAUCUUUCCUCAAGAGAUAUUAGUGUGUGUGUGGUUGUAUAUAUACACCCUAUAGUGUGUGUGUGGUUGUAUAUAUACACCCUAUAGUGUGUGUGUGUGUGUAUAUAUAUAUAUAUAUAUAUAUACAUAUAUACAAACACUGUAUUAUAUAGGUAUAAACACACACACACAUGUAUAUACUGUUUGGAGGAGAAACGUUCAGCAGCCGCCAUGUCGAUCCGCCUCACUUACUGAACUCGGCUGAGAAAUUUCAGUGUUUGUCCAAUCAGAGAAAGGGAAACGAGUUACGGCGCGAGUCAACCGCAGAGUCGGAGCUCGGUUACAGACUCAGGAAGGUAAAAAAGCGCAGUGAGGGAAGAUGUAGCGAGACGAGGCUUUGUAAUAGAAUCCGUAAGAUCGAGGGUGGAUACUGAAUGUGGUGUAAGUAAAGAAUAAAACCUUCCACGUCCAUGUUACAGGAAACGCAUCACCGUCAGGUUGGUGUGACGCAGCAGAGAGACUGAAGUCUAUUAUGUUCUAAUAGCUGCACAUCCUGAGGUGUCAGAAUCCUGUAUCACAACCUCAGCUCGGAAAUGCCUCAAAUUAUUUUUAUUUAUUCAGCAACGACGCCGUACGUUUAAUCUGUAACAGAUACCUUAAUGUCUGUGUCCUUUGAGUGGCUUCGUCGCUAUAGUAACGGCUACAAAUAUUUUUUUUCCUUUAAUUAGACCAAAAAAAUAAUAACUUACUCCAGAUGAUGAUGAUGAUGGAUACUGACGGUAUGUUUGAUUCAUAAUAAUUAAUAAUAAUAUUAUAGAAAUCCUGACAUACACUUCUGAGUGUUUUAUGAAGACCCGAUGUAGGAAAAAUGCGUGACCAAAUUUGUUACGUAAGAAUUGAACACUGAAUUUUGUAUUGAAUUGAGUUUUAAAACUUAAAUUUCAUUCUUUCUUUCUUUCUUUCUUUCUUUCUUUCUUAAAAUAAAUAUUCCAGUGGCACAAAUAAAUGUCAUGACAACGAGGGAUUGAGAUUGAAAAGGAAAGCAAAGAGAGAGAACCGUGAGGUGAACUGGGUGCGCCUUACUGUUUUCCUACAGCGUCUUGUUUUUCUUGUUGGUUUGUUUUGGAGUCCCAGAGGUUUCUCCUCUUCACCGUGCCUUUAUGUGCUGAGGAACUUCAGCAUGCAUCAUACGCUAUGCACUUUCCAGCCACAGUGCCAAACUACAGCAAGCAAUGUGUUAUAACCUGUGUAUAAACUCUCUCUCACACACACACCUGAUCACGAGUCUGGUUUGUAAGCAUCUGAAGGAGGGCUGGUCCUUUUUGCACGUGUUUUUAUCAGUACCAUACAAAAAUCUACAACCAUGUCUUUUUUUUCCUUCCCCUCCAAAGAAACUCAUCUCUGUGCAAUCUUUCCUUUUUCUUCUCGAGCGUAUAUAGUGAUUGUGUGUGUGUGUAUAUAAAUACGCAUUUUAUACGUCAACAGCUGCAUGAAUCAGCUUCAGUUCCUCAUGUAUCAUUUUUAUGUAUAGCAAUGUCUGAAAUCUUAUUUGCACCCUAAAUUACAUUUAAAAAAAAAGCCACAAAAGUAAUUCUGAUAUGAUUUAAUAAACUUUGAUUUGUAUUCUCUUAA